UAUAAUGAGAAUUAAGUUUUAUUCAAGGUUAAUUGUUACAACUGUAAACAAGUGAAGGAUGAACAAUUAAUAUCAUAAUUAUUAUUAUUAUGAGAGAUGAAGGAAAGUUAAUCAUUGCGGUUAAUCAAUGAAUAUAAAUGGAAACACCAAGUUAGGUUUCUAAUUGUAAACUCGUUGUUAAUUGUUUGGAAGAAUUAACUUUUUUCAUGGUUUAACAAUUUGACAGAAAUUAAUUUCCAUUGAUUCCAAAUGAUUAAGAGCUUUAAUUUGAUGCCUACUCGCAAAUUUCGUGUAUCCUUGGAAACGAAGGGUAACAAUUUAAGGCCAAUUGUGAAUCAACACCUACGAUACUUUAAUUGUGUUCUAAAUUGUUUCUCAUUGUUUCUCCUUUUAGUUGAUGAUUAAAAAAGUAUUUCAAAUGAUUGUAACUGUUUCAUUACAAUUCAAUGUUUGAUUAGUGAACAUGUUACAACAAUUAACUGUGCUAACGAUUUUGAUUAACUGUCUACUAGUCUCAAGUCAGCGCUCUGGAAAUCCAUGGGAAUUUUUUCGAGUUGGUCCUGACCUGAGGUCAGAAUCUUCAGAUUAUCCUCAUCACAGUCACGUUGGUUACCAUUUUCCGCGAUCAGCUGAGUUGAAAUCUUCCGCCUACACAAACAAUGACCAUGAUUCUCAUGACGAUGAUGAACCUGAUCAACAUUUACAUCAUCAUCGGGAGACUCACAAUAAGUUAAUUGAUGAUCACAGCCAUGGACACGGCGAUUACCAUGAGCCUGGAAAAGCUCCCGCUGGUUAUCCUUCAUCCGAUUUCGUUAAAUACUUUGCCAAAUAUACUUCGUCCGGUGGUAAACCAAAAUCGGCUCCACAUUCAUAUUAUUCAGCUUAUUCUGGUCAUGUUCAUAAUUUCAACUUCGAACCUGAAAACGCUGUUCCAAGGUCACAGAAAUUGGUCCAAACCAAAACCGAUCCAUUUGCUUCUCAUCGUAAUUUUAUCGCCUCUGGUCCUGGUUAUUUGUAUCGAGCCGAUACUGGACAUCAUACAAGUCCAACGGGCGAAGGUCCAUUGAAUGGCUUCUAUUAUGGUCCAUCAACUAAUCGAGCUAAACUUUACAUCGGUGAUCGGCCAUUUUACUUUUAAACAUCAAAUUCACAUCUAUUUUUUGGACGAUAUUUUUAACUUUUGUCACUUUUCAAUUGUUUACGAAGUUUGAAAUUUAACAACAUACAAAUUUCUUGGCAAUCAUUUAGUUUUCACGAUAAAAUUAUUCAUAGAGUAAAUUUAGAUAACAUCAAACUUAAAAUAACCUAAUAAUA